GCGCCUGAAGGAGACUUGGGGACGCCGGGCUGAGGCUCUUGGGCUCCUCGGUCGCCGCCGCCGCCGCUGCCACAGCCCGCGCUUCAUGAGGAAGAUGCUCGCCGCGGUGUCGCGCGUGUUAUCGGGCGCCGCCCAGAAGCCGGCAAGCAGAGUGCUGGUGGCAUCCCGUAAUUUUGCAAAUGAUGCUACAUUUGAAAUUAAGAAGUGUGAUCUUCACCGGCUGGAAGAGGGCCCUCCCGUCACAACUGUGCUCACCAGGGAGGAUGGACUCAGAUACUACAGGAUGAUGCAGACCGUGCGCCGAAUGGAGUUAAAGGCUGACCAGCUGUACAAGCAGAAAAUCAUUCGUGGUUUCUGUCACUUGUGUGAUGGUCAGGAAGCUUGUUGUGUGGGCCUGGAAGCUGGUAUAAACCCCACGGACCAUCUUAUCACAGCCUAUCGGGCUCAUGGCUUCACCUUUACUCGUGGGCUUUCUGUCCGAGAAAUUCUUGCAGAGCUUACAGGACGAAGAGGAGGCUGUGCUAAAGGAAAGGGAGGCUCGAUGCAUAUGUAUGCGAAGAACUUCUACGGUGGCAAUGGCAUCGUUGGAGCCCAGGUGCCCCUGGGAGCUGGGAUUGCUCUGGCCUGUAAGUAUAACGGAAAAGAUGAGGUCUGUUUGACUUUAUAUGGCGAUGGUGCUGCUAAUCAGGGUCAGAUAUUUGAAGCUUACAAUAUGGCAGCUUUGUGGAAAUUGCCUUGCAUUUUCAUCUGUGAAAAUAACCGCUAUGGAAUGGGAACCUCUGUUGAGAGAGCAGCCGCCAGCACUGACUACUACAAGAGAGGCGACUUCAUCCCCGGGCUGAGGGUAGACGGAAUGGAUGUCCUGUGUGUCCGGGAGGCGACAAAGUUUGCAGCUGCCCAUUGUAGAUCCGGAAAAGGGCCCAUACUGAUGGAGUUACAGACUUACCGUUACCAUGGACACAGCAUGAGUGAUCCUGGAGUCAGUUACCGUACACGAGAAGAAAUUCAGGAAGUAAGAAGUAAGAGUGACCCUAUCAUGCUUCUCAAGGACAGAAUGGUGAACAACAAUCUUGCGAGCGUGGAGGAAUUAAAGGAAAUUGAUGUGGAAGUGAGGAAAGAAAUUGAGGAUGCUGCCCAGUUUGCCACCGCUGAUCCUGAACCACCUUUGGAAGAACUAGGCUAUCACAUCUAUAGCAGCGACCCACCUUUUGAAGUUCGUGGUGCAAAUCAGUGGAUCAAGUUUAAGUCCAUCAGUUAAGGGGGAGAGCGCAUCUAUCUAAUGGAUGGUUACACCUUCUGUGGGCUAUUUGGCAGCAACUGUAACGAACUCUAUGUUCUUAUCUUUGUUAAGGAGGAAUUAAACCCAUAAAAAAAACUUUCAUUAAGGCUAAACAGUAUGUAGAGUAAGUGCAUGCAGUUUACUCUGCUGCAUUAGAAAAUGUUAUUGCACAAAGUAUUUAGUGUGACUAUUAUAAAGGUUAUUUUAGACCUAUAUAAAAUAAGUAAUAGUUUGCUUAACCUUUCCUUGAAAUUACAUCCGUAAAGUAGUUCUAUUUGACUUAGUUGUACGCACUUGUCACACUCUAGUUAAAAGGGAAAAGUUCUUGGUAUGUCUGUCCACCCCUGCCCCUCGCAGCGGCAUGUGGGUGCUGAAGCCUGUGCACACUGACCUGAAAGACACUGUUUAUUACAGCCGGGCAGGGGGCGGGCUGGACGAACAAUUCCAUUCUUAAAGAAGACACAGCUACUCCGUUUCAUAGGUCAAAUAACUUAGUUCUCUCCAUUUAUACAGCCAAUAUAAAUACGAAGCAAUUAGGUUUUCUCUUUACAUUCAUAUCAAACAUAAGUACAAGGCAUGUAUGCUGACCAAUUUCAUCUUUCUCAGAUGUAAGUGCAAUACCAGGUCAUAGUGAUAGAUAAUCCCAGCCUUUUUGUUGUUUUUAAGUAACCACUGUUUCACCUUUCCAGCAAGUGCUACAGGGUAUAUACUUUUCUUUUUCAUUGAAGUAAACAAAUUCAUUUUUCCUACUUUGGGAUGGCAGAAGUAGGCCUCACAAGAGAUUCUAGUCACCUUUAAAGCGUGCUGACAACAGUUUAAAGAAACCCAUCUCAGUUAACAAAAGUCUUUAAACUUCAAGUACCUGAAUUGGUCAUCAGAUAACGGCGUUUUCCUUACAGAAGCUUUCACAGCAGAAAUGCCCGCGCUUUGCUCCCUUUGUCCCCUGGCUUCAUUACCCUGGGAAGCCUACUCCUGGGUUCCUGGGGACCCCUGAGCGCGUCUUCUGUGCUGGGAGACAGCAGUCCAGAGUCUGCAGAGAUGGCCGCCCCUACGAGAUGAACAAGUCUGUCUUAGAGUCGUAAGAAAAGACAACUUCAAAGCUCACCACAGAACACUUUUUGAGGAGGCCUUUUGGUAUGAUUCUAGACUUGUCUCAAUUUGCUGUCGAGUCUUACUGAAGAUAAAAAUAGGUUCUCUUCAGAGAGGAAGGUGACACGUGUGCCCCAGCAGGAAUAGGACAUGGCCUUCAGAGGCCUCACGGGAGUGCUAGGGGCCUGCGGAGCAUGACCCGAGAGCGGAGAACGCGGGUUGCAGUGGAGGGAAGGGGGUGGGGGUGUAGUGCGCCGGCCUCUCACGCCUUUCCUCACUCCCGGCCCGGCAGGGAUGGCGGGAGACCCGGAGGGAGAGAGCACUUGGGUUUCUCCUUCCUCCUCCUGCCUGUUCCGCCGGGCCUUCGGCUUCUGCCACCUCUUGCCUUUCCACCUUUAACUUGGGGGAGAACUCGAGUUUGGGGUGAAGUUGGGUAGUUUUGUUUUCUAAGCCAUAGGAAAGGGAAUUAAUUUCAAUGAAAGGGGAAAGUGACAGCACUUUUUCUACUGCUUUACUUGAAGUAAUUUUCUGUUAUACAAAGUGUUUUGAGGCUAGUCUUACCGUAGCUUAAGGUAUCUUAGAUCUUCCUUGGUGAUAUCGUUAAGAAUGUCGGAAAGUGUGUAACCCUCUUCAACAAUCUGAAACCAAGCAAAUCUGUAAGCACUAAGCAGCGCGGUCAUAAUAGCAUAGGAAGGGUGCGCAUAGGAAAGGGUUGUGGUGAUCAGUUUACCUUGUCGAUCGUAUUUGCAUCUGCGCCUUGCAGCUGCAGCCAUUCUACAAGCUCUUGAUCUGUUCUCUGCCCGGGAGGCCCAGGAGGGGAGGCUGCAUUCUCUGGACCGUCUGUAACAAUUUGCAACUUGUUAUGUGUUGACAUGUAAUAUUGCGAACGAACAAGUUGGAUUAAAUAAAUGAUUCCAGAAUGUAAAUGUGUGAAAAGG